AUGUGGGCUCAUCUACAUUCCGACGGUUUUCGAAAACGGCUUGCUCUAGUGUCACUGACAAUCCAGAAUACAGUGGUCAUUCUUCUGACGCGCUACACGCGAGCUCGCACCGGUGACAUGUACUUCGCUUCCACUGCUGUUGUGAUGAGUGAACUCGUUAAAUUGGUUACUUGCUUCGUGUUGGUAUUUGGCGAGGAGAGUUUUAGCAUCACUGCCCUUGGGCAAAAUUUAAAGAACAAUAUCCUACUAGAUCCAUGGGACUGUGUGCUUAUUUCUGUUCCCGGUGUUGUCUAUACCAUACAAAAUAACUUAUUGUUCGUUGGCUACACUUAUUUAUCGGCAGUGUCUUUUCAGAAUGGAACGACUAUCUCGAAUAAAGAAGAACGCAUCGACCGGUUGGCUGAAUACUUCGAACAACAACUGUCGUGGCCACCAGCUGUCACUCAUCCAGAGCCCACAGGUGAAGUUGAACCCUGGACGGUGAAUGUGGAACCGCAUACGGCCUCGGAAGUUUACGACUGCGUAUCCUAUCAACUGAAGAUAUUCACCGCAGCUAUUUUCUUCCGCAUCAUUCUUAAGCGGCAACUUAGCCGAACUCAAUGGUUUGCUUUGUUUCUCUUGUUUGCUGGUGUUUCCCUCACACAAGUCAGUGAUGCUUCAAAUGCUGGGCGUUCGGACUCAGCCGCUACGGUAUGGGAACAGAUGCUUGCACUGUCCUCCGUUCUACUUGCAUGCACCUGUUCUGGAUUUGCCGGUGUCUACUUUGAAAAGUUACUCAAGGGCUCUCGUAAGAGUGUGGCCGUGAGAAACAUUCAGCUCUCUUUCUACGGUAUCACAGCUGGGAUCCUCACAGUGCUGAUCAAAGAUGGUGCGAGCGUGCGACAACGAGGAUUCUUCUUCGGUUACGACAGCAUUGUGUGGGUGUCCAUUUUUACGCAGGCACUUGGCGGUCUACUGAUUGCGGCUACAAUUCGGUAUGCGGAUAAUAUUCUCAAGGGAUUCGCCCCUUCAGUGGCCAUCGUGUUAAAUUUCAUCCUGUCUAUGUUUUUUUUCGGCUUCCACCCAACAGUGAUGUUUGUUGCCGGGGCAAUUCUUGUUAUUGUCGCCACUGUGCUUUAUUCCCUUUGUCCUCCCCCUCAGUUAGUGGGAAAGGAACCAAAAUCCACACCGAGUGAUGCAGUUCAACAAGUUUAAACCUGUCAGCCCGUUUGUCCUAUUUUGAGCUAAAAGUGUGCCUUGUUGUCUGUGAUAAUUUAACCUGUCCCCGAUUUUGAUACAAGAUUUUAGACACUUCGUUUCAUUAAAGUUUGUUAAAGGAAACAUUUUUAUCACACAUUUC